GUCAAAGCUAUUUUUUUUUACAGCACCGUCUGUUUUUCUAAGUUUUGUCCUCCGUGGUUCUUCGCGGCCUUGUAAAAAUGUCCCAGGUGUUCAUCUCUGGACCUUGGGACGCUUCCUGAAUGGAAAAAGAUCAUUCAUCAUAUCGGGGAGUAGACGGGCAGCGAGCUCGUAUUACAGCGUAGUAGACCGGCCUUCCUCGACAUUGUCUGGUGUUCCGUUUACAAGCUGGGACUAAAGUUUCCAGGUACAACGCUGAUGGGACUAAAGUUUCCAGGUACAACGCUGAUGGGACUAAAGUUUCCAGGUUUCCAUGGCUUAAAGCCUGUCCUCAAACGCGGUCGGUCUUCAGGGGAAGCUGCUGAGGAGCUACCACCACACGGCAGUUCUCCACAGGCUUUGGGGAAGUCAUCAUCAGAGCCAUGCCGGCUCUGACCACCGGAGUGGGCCCUGAACCAGGUCUGCACGAGCUGCUGGCAGCGUUGCCUUCAAAACUGCAGCCUUGUGUCGGCCAGCCUGAGGACAAGACUUUCCUUCAGCACAUGUUUGGGGAGAAAAGCCUGCAGUCAUUGUUCAAGAUCCACGAAAGACUGCGACAAUACGAGGAGAGCAAACCCACUCCCGUCUUGGACAGUGCGGCCAUGUUGCCGACUGAAUUGUUCAAGGAACUUCAAGGGAAAUCAGUUGGCGGAGAACUUAAAGAGCUCCUCAAGCUACUGGACACGCCUCAUUUAAAGAGUCUUCUGUCCGUCCACGACACGGUCGCACAGAAGUGCUACGACCCUGAACUACCUCCGCUGAUCUUCUACCCAGAACAAGAAGAGGACUCUGUGAAGAUCAUAAGACUGGUUAAAAACAAGGAGCCUCUGGGAGCGACGAUAAAGCAGGACAACGACACAGGAGCCAUCCUGGUGGCCCGGGUCAUGAGAGGAGGGGCGGCAGACAGAAGUGGUCUUAUUCACGUCGGCGACGAACUGAAGGAGGUCAACGGCAUCCCUGUGGAUGACAAGAAACCAGAGGAAAUUAUUCGUAUUCUGGGUCAGUCACAAGGCGCCAUCACCUUCAAGGUCGUCCCUGCGGUCCAAGACGAACUUCCGACCAAGGAGCCAAAGGUGUUCGUGAAGGCGCUCUUCGACUACGAGCCGAAAGACGACAAGGCCAUCCCGUGUAAAGAAGCCGGACUGUCUUUCCAGAAGGGUUCCAUCCUUCAGAUCAUGAGCCAAGAUGAUGCAACCUGGUGGCAAGCCAGACUUGAAGGGGACGUGAACCCCCGUGCUGGACUCAUCCCCUCCAAGCAGUUCCAGGAGAGGAGGUUUGCUUUGCGAAGCCCCGCUGCAGUGCACCCCAUCCAGAGGUCCUCCAGCCGACGAUCAUUUGGGUUCAGAAGAAGCUUCCGUCUGAGCAGGAGAGACAAGAAGACCAACAAGUCAAUGUACGAGUGCAAAAAGAGCGAGAUUUACGACACGGCGGACGUGCCCACUUACGAAGAGGUGACUUUGUACCGCAGGCAGAGCGCGGCAAAACACCGGCUGGUGAUCCUAAUUGGACCACCUGGAGUGGGCCUGAACGAGCUUAAAAGGAAACUUUUGAGUUGUGACCCUCAACACUUCAGCGUGACCGUCCCACAUACCAGUCGGCCGAAGAGGAACCAGGAGAACGACGGCGUGGAGUAUCAUUUCAUCUCCAAACAACUGUUUGAGACGGAUAUUCAGAACAAUAAGUUCAUCGAGUACGGCGAGUACAAGGGCAAUUACUACGGGACGAGUUUAGACUCCAUACGUUCGGUCCUCUCCAAGAACAGAGUGUGCCUGUUAGACGUCCAGCCUCACACGAUAAAGCACCUGCGGACGGCGGAGUUCAAACCCUUUGUGGUUUUCGUGAAGCCCCCGACGAUAGAUAGACUGAGGGAGACGAGGAAGGACGCGAAAGUCAUUUCAAGCAAGGAUGACAAGGGAGCUGCGAGGCCGUUUGCGGAGGAGGACUUUCAGGAGUUGGUGGCGACGGCACAGACAAUGGAGGCGCAGUACGGCCACCUCUUUGAGAAGGUCGUCGUAAACGACGACCUCACGGAAGCGUUCGGCGAGCUGCGUUUGGCGCUCCAGCAGGUGGAGACGGACACUCACUGGGUUCCGGUCAGCUGGACUCACUCCUGAGGUCAGAAGAACAAGGGAAUAUGCAGGGUUGUAUCAUUGGCAGGACCCAGGCUCGGCUCCGAUUCAGUCUGGACGGAUUCCAACAGCAGUUAGGAAUCCAAGCAGGUCUUUCCAGGAAGGAGCGAUCUCGAUCCUAGUCUGGGUUGCAACGUGGAAACCAAAAAUCCCAGCACCAGGAGAAGAUCCGCAAUGGCAGCCAGAAGCCUGACGGUACAUGGACACGUCUUUAAAAGAAGAAGGGAAGUCUUUUUGCUUCUUUUUUAGUAUCGUUUACGUUUCUAUGCUUUCUUUCAGCGUCAAACAUUGUCUGGCACAGCUCUUUGAGGGUUUAAUUUUAUGAAAAAAGUAAUAUAUUUUCUAAUAUCUUCUAGUUUUUUAACCUUUUUAUAUACAGUACAUAUCUUCAUUUUUGAGAGCAACUUCAUCCUGAUUGUAUUUGUACGCUAGAAUUGAGUUUGGCCAUGAUUUUUGGGGAUUGUAGCCACUUCUGACUGCUUCAUGAUUAUUGGUAGUUCAAUUUAAAAUUGUCGUUUUUUUUUUUAACUAAUUUGAUGUUGUACACAUGGGUCAAUUCGCAGUUUUCAGGUUUAUUA